AUGAUCAGAGAAACUGAGGAUAAUUUACAUCUGAUGCUAAUUAAAGUUCUUUACAAAACACUAAAAUGCAAAGUGAGUUUCUUGGAGGUCAUAAAGUCUCCAGGUCGUCCUCACUCAUCUGCGUUUUCUCUCCUCUCAGGGAUCAUGGCAACCGGACCAGACGCCAUCGAGCUGUGGCUCCUGCCAUCAGGAGUGGUUAGCUUCUUCAUCCUCCUCCUCAUCCUCUCCAUCUUCCUCACGGGUCUCUGCAGCGACUGCGGCAGACAUUCGUUUGAGCUUCAGGAUCUGGAGGUGAACAGAACCCCGUCAACGCUCAUCAGCGUGGUGAAGCUGGAGGAAGUGAGAGAAAACCCAACGAUCAACGAGAUCCAGAACGACGAGAAACAGUCACGUCCUGAAGAGGAAGUCUCAGUGCAGUUCACUCCCUGGAGGAGCCACCUGGGGGCGCCACAGAGCCAAGAUCAAAACGCUGAGCACAUCUACCACGCCAUCGGAGGACACGGCACCAACCCGGACAUAUCAUCACCAGCAAUGCCGGCCAAUCACAAGCCAGCCAGAGCACAUGACGCCGCUCUGGAGGAUUUUAGCAACUACGACGGGGAUUCGGUUUAUGCUCAAGUCAGCAAGAAGCUGAGCUCCAGUGCUUCACCUCCACCUGUCCAUACACCUGCGGAGAUACAGGAGGAGGAGGAGCCUUCACCUCCGCUGCCCGAGAGGACGGCAGAGAUGGAGGGAUGAUGGAUGAAGAACGAGAGACGGUGUGAAGAGACAGAGAACGAAGGACGCCAGGUCCUCCCGCACGCAUCAUUAACGCCAAAACCUGAAAACUACAUCUGCCAAUCAGAGUGCUGGAACCCUAACACUCAUGACAUCACAGCGUCAACAUCUCAGCUUCAGCGUCUUGAUGUGAGGUUGAAUUUCUAAUGAAAAGGAGACACGUGUCACACGUGGAGUGACAUCAGCGACUCGCUGAAUCUGAACACAAGUUCAGA